GCGUCUCAGAGGGAGGUCCACUUUAUACUGGAGGGAAAGAGCGGUCAGUAGAAACUCUCACAGCCGGACGGUGAAAAGAAGCACAGGCGGAGUUAGAGAGACAGAGUUUAAUAAAGAGAAGAAAGAAAAACAGAGGGAUCAAAAGAAUAUCAGCUUAAAAAAAGAGUAAAGGAGUUUGUGAAAGGACUGGAGGAGGUGCCGAGGGGAAAGGAGAAAAAAGGAGUGUAGAAAGAGAGGAGGAAAUCUGAAGGAGCUCAAAGAGAGAGAGAGAAAGAGAGAGAGAGCAUAUAAUAGAGUGUGACGGACAGGAGGGGAAAAAGAAAGUGAAGAAGUGGGGGAUUUACGUGCUGCGACUGGAAUAAAUGACUCAUUUUGGAUUUAAAGCCUAAAGCAAAGGACAAACCCGUUCAUAUCUCUGCAUUGCUGGACUUAAUAUGGAGCUAAAGUGGGCUUUUCUGCUUCUGGGUCUCCUCCUGGUUGUGCUCACUGGAAAGACUAUGUCAUGUGGUACUGGGUUCAAGAACGUGGGAAAGCAGUGUAUAGAUGAGGAUGAGUGUGAGGAACAUGAGGAAGAUCCCGGUAUCUGUGGUCAUAAUUCAGUCUGUCACAACACAGACGGCAGCUAUUACUGCAGCUGUCAGCCAGGAUUUCAGCCCACAAAGCUCAACUUUACUGGCACCACUGGCCAGUGUAAAGACAUAAAUGAGUGCACAGAUAAAGAGAAGAUGUGUCCCGAGAACUCGACGUGUAAGAACUCUAUUGGCUCGUACACGUGUGAGUGUAAACCUGGCUUCUGGAAGUCCACAGAGACCUCCACCUGUAAAGACAUUGAUGAGUGUGCUAGAGCGCCCCCUGUGUGUGGUUCCCAUGGCUUAUGCAGUAACACACCCGGCACUUUCAACUGCACUUGCCAUAUGGGGUUCCGUAACCAGGGCAACAGCAGUAUCCCAUGUGAAGACAUUGAUGAGUGUGCUAAUGAUCCUGCUGUGUGUGGUUCCCAUGGCUUAUGCAGUAACACACAUGGCAGCUUCACCUGCACUUGCCCCAUGGGGUUCCGUAACCAGGGCAACAGCAGUACCCCAUGUGAAGACAUUGAUGAGUGUGCUAAUGAUCCCGCUGUGUGUGGUUCCCAUGGCUUAUGCAGUAACACACAUGGCAGCUUCACCUGCACUUGCCCCGUGGGGUUCCGUAACCAGGGCAACAGCAGUACCCCAUGUGAAGACAUCGACGAAUGUGAAAGUGAGGAACACAAGUGUGGAGAACAUGGGAAAUGCAACAACUUACCCGGCAGCUACAACUGCACGUGCCACCCUGGAUACAGUAACUAUGGAAACAACCAGGCCAAAUGCACAGAGCUGAAAUGCGACCGAGCCAAUAUCACAUCCAAACAGGCUGCAAUGGGUGAUUUAUUGAAUCUGUUUAAGUCAAACUGUCAGUCACUGAGUCAUCCGAAGCAGCAACAUGACUCAGGAGAAACUUUACUGAAGCACCUCAUGAAUGUGAGUGGUCAAGUGAUGUCCAGCGGUAAUGUCAGAGACAGUUCAACGCUGAGUACGUUUCUGGGGACAAUGGAGGAUACACUCCGCCUCAUCGGACCCCAGCUCAGUGAACCCCUCACUAAAAUGAACAACAACAACUCAGAGGCGUGUCUUGCGGUGAAGAGGGAUCCGACGCCACCUAAUGGCAGUAUGAUUAUGAACACUGAAGGUGUUCAUCUAAACAUCAGCUGGAAAACAGCAGCUGGGGAAAAGUACCCAGGUUUUGCCUACGUGGCUCUGGUCAGUUAUAAUAAAAGCCUGAACUACCCCACCACCCCUGCCCUGGAGGACCCAAAGGCUGAGGGCAGAAACGCUUCGUACGAGCUCAACUCCCGAGUGGUGACGGUGCUCGUCAGUAACACCCAAACUGAACAUCUGCCCGAGCCCGUAACGCUCACCUUCAAACACCUGCAGAAUGGGGCGGUGUCUGAGCAGCUGAACUACAGCUGUGUGUACUGGGACGAGACUCGGGAUGGAGGGGCGUGGUCACAGAAGGGCUGCAUGACGGCGGAGUUUAAUUCCACGCAUGCCGUGUGCACCUGGUCUCACCUGAGCAGCUUCGCUGUCCUUAUGGCCCUGUAUGAAGUCAAGGACACCUUUGAGCUGGUGCUGAUCACCCGGAUCGGCCUGACUCUCUCUCUGCUCUGCCUGUUUGUGUGUAUUCUGACGUUUUCGUUGUGCCGCUCCAUCAAAGGCACUCGCACCACCAUCCACCUGCACCUGUGCAUCUGCCUCUUCAUCGCCGACUUCAUCUUCCUCUUCUUCAUCUCCAGCACCACGAAUCAGGUGGGCUGUGCGGUUGUGGCCGGACUCUUGCACUUCUUCUUCCUCUCAGCGUUCUGCUGGAUGCUCUUAGAGGGGGUCCAGCUCUACCGGAUGGUGGUCUUGGUUUUCCACACCACGCUCCGUCCACUGUAUCUGUUCGCUGUGGGAUACGGGGUCCCUCUGGCCAUCGUCAUCAUCUCCGCCAUCGCGUACUCUGACGGAUACGGAACAGAGCGCCAUUGCUGGCUCUCUCUUGAUGAAGACUUCAUCUGGAGCUUCUUCGCUCCCGUCUGCAUCGUCAUCAUCCUCAACAGCUUCUUCUUCGUCAUCACUGUGUGGAAGCUGGCGGCAAAAUUCUCCAGCCUCAACCCUGAUUACUGCAAACUGAAAAAGCUCAGGGGUUUUGUGGUGACCGCUGUGGCUCAGCUGUGUGUGCUGGGUGGGAUGUGGGUGUUCGGCUGUUUCCUGUUUCAGGAGAAGGGCACUGUGGUGAUGCUGUACCUGUUCACUCUGCUCAACAGCCUGCAGGGGGCGCUAAUCUUCAUCAUGCACUGCUUAAUGAGCAAAACGAUAAGAGAGGAGUACAGCAAGCUGUGUGGUGGAGUCUGCACAUCACAGAAGAAGAGAUACUCUGAAUUCAGCACCAACCAAUCCAGCAACAGCCAGAAGCCUCUGAGGAGCGCUCCCAGCACAGGAGAGUCACAGAUAUGAAGACCUCACCGCACCUUUAUGGAGCUUCGCAAGUGCUAAAUGUUUCGAGCUGUAUGUUAGUUUAUUUUCCAGCAACAAGACGAGUCGACAGCUAAUGGUUCUUUAGCUCUUCACAGCAGCUGGAAAAGGGUUGCGGCAUGUCUUCCGUUCAGCCAGUGGGGACCGACGUCUGGAAUGGAAACACCCCCUUGCUGCUACGUUCAGUGACUGUAUUUCUUCUUUUAGCUUGUCUAGAUGGGUGACAGACUCACCCACUUUUUUACAUAAAGAAUUUGAUGUAGUAAGUAAGCACUGUUUUCAAAACGUACUGUUCCCAGCCCACCCGGUUCAUACAUCAGUACAGAUUUUGGAUUCAUUAUUUUCUGAGCAGUUUAGCCCCGCUGGUCCACACUGAAGUUACUAGGACUGUUUCAACCUGGGCUGUGUAUUAAAUGACCCACAAUACAGCCAAUCAGAGCAGAGGACAUUUGCAUUAAUCAGUCUUCAAGGAACUGCCCUGUAAAACUGAAUUACGACUACUUUUUAUGUGAUGUAGUAUCAAGUUUUUACUUUGGUUUUCCCAGUGAGAGUUGACAGUAUUGACAGUAGUGAUAACCAUAUCAGCCAUCUAAGUAUGUCACACUUCAGCAGAAGUUAUUUAACACCAAUAACUAGAUCAAAUUUGUAGUUUUUAUGGGGUCUUUGGCUCCUGAUUGCCCCCCUUUCCCUAGUGUAUAGUCCACCCCAUGUGACCAACUAGAGUGGAGAGGAUUUAUAGGUUGUUUUUAUUCCACUCAGUUGGAAAAAUGAGCUCAAAAACUCCACCAGCCUUGGGUUCACUACACAACUUUUACCCCAAUUUUAGCCCCAACUCUCAGUCUGGCUGAGUCUGAGCUGGUCGGCUCUAAACUGAAGAUGUUUGGGUCAGUCGGAGUGAAUCGAGUCGUGUUUGAGGGGCGCAGACUCCCGAUUGUGUGUUACUCCAGUCAGAAUUUAUCAGACACGUUUGAUUUUUUUACCCAAUUCUCGCAAAAUCUAGUGUAAAUUGAUCAAUGACUCAAUCUGAAUGGAUUCCUGCAACAACCAAUCAAAACUGAGAGCGUGAAAGAGGAACAUACAGCAAGUAAGCAAAAAAAAAUAAAAGUAAUGGCUAAAGUCUCAUGUGGACCGAAGCUUUUUAAUGAGCUGAGUUUAAGUCACAAUCAAGUUUCUGAGCAUUUAAAACUCAAAAAAUUCCAUAUUGAUCACAUUUUUAAACCCAUGAUCCUCAUUUAAACCUGUUUACCUGCUGCUUCUUUACUGUAUCAGGGCAGAUGGUAGAGAAAACAGCAGCAGCAGAUCAUGUUUGUUUAUUUGCGUCUCCUAGUAAUGGGAGAAUGCAAGAGCUUGCGAGAGUUAUCGUGAGUUGGCUCAAGUUCCUUUGCUGCUGUAACACUGAGAAUUUCCCCGUUGUGGGACUAAUAAAGGACUGUCUUAUCGUAUCUUAUCCCCAAUAUUUCAGUUGCCCCAAAAAAUCUGGAGAAACCAGUCAGAUCGCAUGAGAUGCUCAGUCUUUUUAUAAUGUGUGACCACUUUCAAAGCUGUGUGGAGAACCCAAGGUGAACAAUGAGAUCUCUUUACCGCCUUAAUGACUCACAAAGGCAGCAUAUAUUUCUUUUCACCGUAGACAACUGUGCUGGAAAAAUGAGGAAAAAGCAUAAAAGCUACAAUGUAUUUGCUCAAUGCCUUACUGUAAUAUACAUCUAGUAUGAUGAUUACUGAAGCUGUUCCUGCCUGUCAUGUUAUUCUUCUGAGCUGAAAGAUUAGGAAUUUGAAGUUAUUCUAAAUCUAAUGUGAUAAAAAAAGACAUUUAAGGUACUUUUGGGGUAACAAACACAAAGCCUACAUAACUAGAGACAAGCUUUUAAGUGCUUCCGUAAAAUUCACAACUUUAUUUAUUUUAAAAGAGGAGUCUGUAUUGCAAAUGUGAGUAAAUCUAUGAUGUUUUUUGAGUCUGAAAAUCUAUAUACGUUUUAACUUACUUGGUAACUUUGCUAGCUAUCUAUAUAAUAAGAUUAUGGGCGUCAAUUGAGGACGACUCAAGCACCUGCUUUUCUACUUUAUAUGCUAUUGUGAAUGUUAUAUAAAUGUGCGUUUUGUAUUUCUCCGUAAUGUAAUACCUCUUUUAAGGAUUUGCUAUGUGAAGUGGUCAGUGUUGCAAAAUUUAAAGGGAGCGAAAAUCCACAUUAGCACAAUCCAGUUCAGCUGAUGCUAAAAAAUCCUUGUUUUUCUGUUUGUUUUCAUUCGAGUUUUAUCACAGCACUUUCUUUCUUAUUGUCUAGUAUUGUGAGAAAUGUUAGCUUUUUUACAUUGAUAUUAGCUUCUUAUGAAUCGUUAGUAAAUCAAUGUGUUCUGUUCUUAUUUUAUUUUUUGAGGGGCGACAGUGUUCUGGUCUGCAAUUAUUGUUGUACUUGACUUUUUACCUUUGUUUUUUUUUUUUAUAUUUGAAGUUCUAGUUUUGAGGUUGCACUUCUGAUAAAGCUCAGGUUCAAACCCUGAUUAGGUACUGAUACCUUUUACAGCUUUGAUUAAAGUCUGAAAGAAAAAA